AUGGGGAGUUGUUUCAGCUUCGUGGCCUGUGGGAACAAGUGUCUCGAGUACAGUUUCUCAUACUCCGGUCUCCGAUCUUCAACCACCGAUCUCGGAGACGGAACUGUGAUGCACUGCUGGGUCCCACGGACACAUGUCAAAACCAAGCCCACGCUCGUCCUUCUCCACGGGAUCGGCGCUAAUGCCAUGUGGCAAUGGAACCGGUUCAUCGACCGGUUUAUCACCCGAUUUAACGUCUACGUACCGGAUCUCCUCUUCUUCGGCGACUCGUCCACGACUCGGUCCGAGAGAUCCGAGUCUUUCCAGGCGAGCUGCGUGAUGGCGGUGAUGGAGGCUCACGGCGUUCGAACCAUGUCCGUCGCCGGGCUCAGCUACGGCGGGUUUGUGGCGUACGCUAUGGCGGCGCAGUUUAAGGAGAAGGUAGAGCGGGUGGUGCUGAUAGGCUCUGGAGUGUCUCUUGAGGAGAAAGAUAUGGAGGAGGAAGGGUUCUUAAAGGUGAAGAGCAUAGAGGAGGCGGCGGAGAUUCUGUUUCCUCAAUCGCCGGCGAUGUUCCGGCAACUUCUCCGGUUAUCCUUCUACAAACCACCAAGUCGAAUCCCUUCUUGGUUUGCCAAGGACUUUAUCCAUGUGAUGUGUAGUGAGCAUAUUCAAGAGAAGAAAGAUUUGGUUGAAACUCUCUACAAAGGCAGGAGAGUCACCGACCUUACCAAGAUAUCACAGCCAACAUUGAUGAUUUGGGGAGAGGAAGAUCAAAUAUUUCCAGUAGAAUUAGGACAUCGAUUAAAAAGACAUAUUGGUGAGAACAUCGCAAAGCUGGUAUUACUAAAGAAGACAGGUCAUGCGAUUAAUGAAGAUAGUCCGAAAAAGAUGUAUAAACAUAUCAACUCUUUUCUUGUAGACGACAAAGUGACUCAAGAUCAUAUCAAGAAUGCUACGGUUUGA